CACGUUGCCUAUCGUUGCCGACUUAAUCGUUCGACUGGACGCAGUCGGUUUCUUCAGUCGCGCGUUUCACCGGCGGCUUUUUGCAGGGCGACCGCGAUCGUGCAACACUUAAAGUGUGAUUUUUUGUUUGUUGUGUGACGACUAUUCAUUGAUAUUUAAAUACAUACAGCUGGAGUGACUGUAUAAUUGGAAUUGUGUAAAUCAAGUGCUAUGUGCAAAAUUCUCCAAGAGCUAAACCUACCCUUUAUUCUACUAUAUCAUCAAAAGUAAUCCGGCAAAUACACCAUAUUUCUAACCACAAUCAAUAAACCCUAAAAAUAAAUAAAGUUAACUUUAUAAAAAAAAUCGUUUGAAAAUAUAAUAUCGUAUUUUCGAAUAUUACUAAAAGUAUUUUUAAAAUAAAAUAUAAAGUCUUUCAACAUACAUAUACGCUAAACAGGGGCUUAAAAAUUCAAAGUAAACCAGCAAAUACAGAAAAGUGAAACCUAAAGUCUUAUAUUUCUCAGUAAUCUACAGACAAAUAUCUACAUAAACAUAAAUACCGAAACUUAUCCAUAAUCAAAUCCAGAUUUAAUCGCAACGUUAAUACUUAAAGUUCCCACAUAAGACAAGUUUUAUUAAUAUACACUCUUGAAUGUUAAAUAACUAACAAUCUCAGUGAUUCAACCAGAAAAACCCAGUAAUCGUUUGCAGAAAAUGCUUUUUCAAUUAGCUUAAAGCACGGGAAAGUUAACUAAGACACUCGAACUUUUAUCAAGGAUACCAGAAGCUGCAGACAUGGUUUCGGAGGAGAACUGGAACAGCGACACGAUGUCCGACUCGGACAUGAUCGACUCGAAGAACGACGUGUGCGGGGGGGCCUCCAGCUCCAGCGGGAGUUCCAUUUCGCCCAGGACGCCGCCCAACUGCGCCCGCUGCCGCAACCACGGCCUGAAGAUCACCCUGAAGGGACACAAGCGGUACUGCAAGUUCCGCUACUGCACUUGCGAGAAGUGCCGCCUGACGGCGGAUCGCCAGCGGGUGAUGGCCCUGCAAACAGCCCUGAGACGAGCCCAGGCGCAGGACGAGCAGCGGGCGCUGCACAUGCACGAGGUGCCGCCUGCGGGAACGGCCACCACAACCCUGCUGGGCCACCACCAUCAUGCCGCUGCUCCCCCCCACGUCCACGCCCACCAUGUGCAUGCCCAUCACGCCCACGGCCACCACUCGCAUCACGGACAUGUCCUGCACCACCAGCAGGCCGCCGCGGCAGCAGCAGCCGCAGCAGCAGCUCCGUCGGCUCCGGCCUCCCAUCUUGGGGGCUCCUCCACGGCCGCCUCCAGCCUCCAUGGCCAUGCCCAUGCGCACCACGUCCACAUGGCGGCCGCCGCAGCCGCCUCGGUGGCCCAGCACCAGCACCAGAGCCACCCACACUCGCACAACCACCACCACCACCAGCACCACCACCCACAUCCGCAUCAGCAGGCGCCCCCGCAGCACACCACGCUGCGAUCGCCGCCGCACAGCGAGCAUGGCGGAAGUGUGGGUCCGGCCAGCAGCAGCUCCGGCGGAGGAGCGGCCAGUUCCAGUAACGCCGCACCGGCCACCUCGAGCAACGGCUCCAGCAAUAGCAAUGGAGGGGGAGGAGGUGGAGGUGGAGGAGGAGGAGGUGGUGGAGCCAGCUCGGGCGGCGGAGCUGCAGGAGGAAGGUCCUCGGGCACCUCGGUGAUCACCAGUGCCGACCAUCACAUGAGCACGGUGCCAACGCCCGCCCAAUCGCUGGAGGGCUCCUGCGACUCGUCCUCGCCCUCGCCAUCGUCCACUUCCGGCGCCGCCAUUUUGCCGAUCUCAGUUUCCGUCAAUCGCAAGAAUGGCGCCAAUGUGCCCUUGGGCCAAGACGUUUUCCUAGACUAUUGCCAAAAGCUAUUAGAGAAAUUCCGCUAUCCUUGGGAGCUGAUGCCGCUCAUGUAUGUGAUAUUGAAGGAUGCAGACGCCAAUAUUGAAGAGGCUUCCCGGCGAAUCGAAGAGGCUCGCGUGGAAAUAAACCGCACUGUAGCGCAGAUCUAUUACAACUACAACUACGCCCUUAUGAAUGGGGCGCCCAUGUACCUGACCUACCCGAGCAUAGAGCAGGGUCGCUAUGGGGCGCACUUCACACACCUGCCGCUCACCCAGAUUUGUCCGCCGACGCCCGAGCCGCUGGCCCUCAGUCUCCCCAGCAGCCCCAGCGGCCCUUCGGCCGCCCACAACCAGAAGCCCUCGCGUCCGGGCAGCAGCAACGGCACCGUGAACUCCGCCGCCUCGCCCACGAUGGUCACCACAAUGGCCACCACCUCCUCCACAACGACGCCGAUCCACAGCCGGCGGCAGAGAUCGCGAUCGGCCACGCCCACUACGCCGCCCCCACCCCCGCCGGCGCACAGCAGCAGCAACGGAGCCUACCACCACGGUCACCACCUGGUCAGCUCGACGGCUGCCACGUAGCAGUAUCGCAAUGUUGCUGCCGCCGUGGCAGCAGCAGCAGCGGCAGCUGUCCUCUUUGUCGAUAAUUAGGUAAAGUAAGCGUCUACACUGGAUAUCAUUGCAAAGGAUGACCCCAACAUACCAAGAGUGACAGAAAGACCCAGUUUCUGCAGAAUGUUAUUUAAUAUUUAACCAGGCUUUGACAUAAUUCCAUCGAUAUGUGAAAAUCAGAAAACACCUAGAUUAUGAAAUUGUACUACCCAGAAAACCUUUUCAAAUUGAUCUCAAAAAAACUAAAAAUAAACGUAAACCAUUCUUAAAAAUGAUGAACUAAACUCCACUGAGAGUUAUUAUACACAAUGACGAAUAUGUCAGUAGUAGCUCUUCGUGAACACAUGUACUCGUAUUGUACAUAACAGUUUAAAGUUUCUCUGCAAGGAAAUAAUCAAGAAUCUUACAUAUAUCGAUCGGCACAUUAAAUCUUUUUUAAACCAUAGGCACAAUUUUAUAUUAACAAGUUCUAGUCCUAAGCAAGAGCACUUAGAAUCGAGAUCAUUAUUGUAUGGCAAGCGAGUUAAGGAUUGAAAAGAUUAUCAGAUCACUGUUUU